GUUUUUAGCUUUCACUGCUGUUCUUCAGUACUGGAGUAUUAUUUACAUACUUAGCAUGGAGAAUUAGGAAAUAUUUCCAAGUUGUGGAAAAAGAAGGAGAGGGGCAGACGAGUGGAGGAAACAAAAACCUUUGGGACCCUGUUUGCUCAAUCACAGCCCUUCAGCAGUGACUGACAGUAAUAAUGCAAUAUGCCCAUAUGAGACCACACUGACGUAUCUGCAGUGCACACCAGUCUUGACGGCAAUGGAGAGCUCAUGACUGGGGACAUUGUCUUGGAGAAACAUCUGUUUGGCCAGACAGUGAGAGAGGAGCAGAGGACCUUAUCUCUAGGAGCAUUGCUUUUGUAUGAGUGCAGCAGCAGUGGCGACAGUGUGAGGCCUAAGCCAUGGAGUCUGAGCUGGAGGAGGAUGUGGAGAGCUCGUGGACUGUGCUGUCCUGGCUGGCCUCUUGUGUGAUGGUGUUUGGGGGGGCCGUGCCUUACAUUCCUCAGUACCAGGAGAUCCAGCGCACCGGCAACACAGAGGGAUUCUCCACCCUGGUCUGUCUGGUCCUGCUCAUUGCCAACAUACUGCGCAUUUUCUUCUGGAUUGGGAAGCAGUUUGAGCUGACCUUGCUUCUGCAGAGUGUGGUGAUGAUUCUAACCAUGUUAGCAAUGCUGCACCUCUGCUGUGCCAUCCAGAGUACCAGCCGGGUCAGCACCAAACAACACCGCAUCACAGACCUGGACCUGCGGUAUUUUUGGAGCUGGAGUGCUUUUGAGGACUAUCUGCUGUUCUGUUUCGGCUUCACGCUGCUGUGUGCCUUCGUCACUCUCCUCUUCCUGGACUGGGUGCUGUUCGUGGAGGCUCUGGGCUCGUUGGCCCUGAUGUCUGAGGCCAUGCUGGGCCUGCCUCAGCUGCUGCAGAACUACACCAACCGCUCCACCCGCGGCAUGAGCAUAAAGAUGGUGCUCCUGUGGACUGCGGGUGACAUAUUCAAGACAACAUACUUUGUGAUCAACGAGAGCCCCACACAGUUCUGGGUGUGUGGUGCUGUCCAGAUUUUGAUCGACAUCAUCAUUCUGCUGCAGGUGGGCUACUACGACCAGGACUCCAGAGUAAAACUUGGAUGACCUCUUUGACAAUUGUCUUAACUCCCAGAACUUAACUCCCAAACAAGGGCUCCUUUGUUAUGCAUGUUUUUAAUAAUGCUAGUAGAUGGACAUUUAUUUAACAUUUGUGUGUUAAGUUUUUUUAAGAUAUUUAUAUUUUUAAAUGGGUCAGUCUAAAUUCCAGUUACUGACGAUGAGUCACUGCACUAUCCAGUGCUCAACAAGUCUCAAACCAGCAGUUACUGCAUGGAGUGCUGUUACAUGCAUCACUGUCGUUAAUACUCUACCCAGUCACUCACUGUAUUUAAGAUGAUAUAUAUUCUCAAAGCUCUGCCACAAACACAGUGUCUCAUUUAUUCAUUACACACAUUUACUCCAUUCUUUGAUAAAUGACACUAACUUAUACGGAUUUAAAAAUAACUCGGCACUUGGCAAGCUGUGAGAAUAGCCCCGAGCGUUUUCAGUGCAAUUGGAGCUGGCAGGAGGUUCCAGAGUGGCUGUGCCAAAUUCAUCUGCCACAGACUGCCUGUGAUGGCCAGUUUAUCUACACUUUGGAGGGUUCCAUGGCCAAACCCCCACCCAUUCGCUCUCCAUCUUAAUAGUAUUAACAAUGCUGUACCUGUUGUGGUGAAAUAGUAAAAAGGCAGACUUAAAACAGUGGUCUCACAAUAGUCUUUAGGAUAUGAGAGUCCAUAUCAUGAAAAUAACUAUUUUUUCUAUCUUUUUUAAAAUGAAAAUUUGAUUUAGUGUAUAAAUCUUGUUAAAGUUUCAAAACAUACCAUUAUGUUCCCAGUCCAUACAGUCCAUAUAUAAAAAUUAAGCUGCGAAAAGGCCCACUUUGAAUGCAUUGUUUUUGUGAUGUCAAAGACCAUCACAUUUGCAUAUAUUCACCUGUUCAGACUAGCAGUUCAGCUACUCCCAUUCACAUAGAAGUUAUAAGGUUAGUUUCAGACCAGACUGCAUUUCAGAUGAGGUACAAUACAGAGCAGCCAAUCAGAACAGAGACUGUUUAUUUCACACCUAAAGAAACAGUAACAAAAAUAGCCUGUUUAAGUGCCAAAAAUGUAAAGAAAUGUCAUGUAUGGACCUCAGGGGAAAAAAUAAGAUAUAAGAAACAUAUUGGGUUUAGACCCUGUGUAACUAGGGAGGGUGGUGGUUUUAUUGAGCUUUUGCCCAACAAAAUCCCAGCUAAGUAAGCAGAAAUAAGAUGGUUCUUGAAGAAGUAUGCUACUCUAUUAAUGAGUUAAUAUUAGUGGCUGAUCAAC